AUGUCUGGUAACCUAGACAGCCCAGUUCAAACACAAAUGGCUCUAUCAGUUUUCAAGAGUCCUGUAGGAAGGAAUCACCAUGGAAACGACACAAUGGAAGGAGUGAAACUGAAAACCACAGGUAGAAGACGUAUCUUCAUUCAAACAGAAAGCGGAUGCGUAUUAGGAAUGGAUCUGGAUCGAAACGAUAACGCACAUAUGGUCAAAAGAAGGUUACAAAUCGCCCUCAAUGUCCCAACCGAAGAGAGUUCUUUAACUUUUGGAGAUUUAAUCUUGAAAAACGACUUAAGCGCCAUUCGCAACUAUUCCCCUCUUCUCCUAACAAGAAACUUAAUCCACCGAAGCUCUUCAAGCCCAUGUCUUUCCCCUUCAGGUAGAGACAUCCAACAGAGAGACAGAUCCGGACCCAUUGAAAUCCUGGGGCAUUCUAGUAAUUUCACAAAAACUAAAGAACUCGUGAAGGAGAUUGCAAUCGCGUUAAACAACGGAAUCGACCCGAUUCCAGUUCAUGGAGGCCUAGGUGGCGCUUAUUACUUCAGAAACAUCAAUGGUGAAAGUGUCGCAAUUGUGAAACCAACAGAUGAAGAACCAUUUGCACCCAAUAAUCCAAAAGGGUUUGUAGGUAAAGCCCUUGGUCAACCAGGGUUAAAAAGGUCAGUUCGUGUUGGUGAAACCGGUUAUCGUGAGGUAGCAGCUUACCUUCUUGAUCACAACCACUUUGCUAAUGUCCCCCCUACUGCCCUUGUCAAAAUCACUCACUCCAUCUUCAAUGUCAAUGAUGUAAGCGGGACCCGAGAGAAGAACAAAAAGAAACAUUUCAGCAAAAUCGCUUCUUUCCAACAAUUUAUCUCACACGAUUACGAUGCGAGUGAUCACGGGACUUCAAAUUUCCCGGUUUCAUCCGUGCACCGUAUCGGGAUUUUAGACAUACGAAUCUUUAACACGGACCGACACGCGGGGAAUCUUUUGGUUCGAAUUGGUGGAGGGCAAUUUGGUCAAGUUGAAUUAAUCCCGAUUGAUCACGGACUCUGUUUACCUGAAAACUUAGAAGAUCCGUAUUUUGAAUGGAUUCAUUGGCCACAAUCUUCGAUUCCAUUCUCGGAAGAUGAACUCGAUUACAUCGAAUCACUCGAUCCGUUUCGUGACUCUGAAAUAUUGAAAUCCGAGCUCCCGAUGAUCCGUGAAGCGUGUCUUCGUGUUCUUAUCCUCUCCACUGUUUUCCUAAAAGAAGCCGCUCGAUUCGGGCUGUGUUUGGCGGAGAUCGGGGAGAUGAUGAGCCGGGAGUUCCGGCGGGGGGAGGAGGAGCCGAGCGAACUCGAGGCACUGUGCAUGGCGGCAAGGCGGGCGGUGGUGGCUGAGCGGGAGAAACACCGGGAACAACAACCCUUUGUCUUAUCAUCUCCGAAAAGAGAAGUUCAAGUUCAAGAAGAUGGGAUUGUGUUUGAGAUUGAUGACAUCAGCCCUAUUUCUCCGUUUCAAUUCGGGUAUGGGAGAAACCCGCUUUCGAAACUUGAAGAGGAAGAGGAAGAGGAAGAGGAGGAGGUUGUACUUUGCGCAUCGGGAGAUGUACAUUGUGUGUCGAGGUUGUUGAAGAAGAAUUUGAGUUUAGGUGAACAUAGGAGUGCGAGUGAGCAAGCUCCGGGGAGUGCUUGUUUUGUGAAGUUGGGGGAUAUGAAAGAGGAGGAGUGGGGGAUAUUUUUGGAGAAAUUUCAGGAGCUGUUGGGGCCCGCGUUCGGGCAGCGGAAGUCGGGCGUUGUCGGGCAGAGGCUGAGACAGAGGUUGGGGACUUCUUGCCAGUUUUAA